AUGGCAACAAUUGAGUGUAUGCUCUAUAAUUCAUUUAUAGAAUAUGUUUGCGCUAUGGAGGCGACAAUAUCAACAUUCUUUAUAAAGCUCAGGAGUAAAUUUCCAUAUGCUGAAUGGAUUUACCGUAAUCUAGAUAAA